CCCCGAAACCCUAACUCAGCAAACCCUUGUGCCGCGGAUACCUCAGAGAAGCGAAGAGAAGCCAGAUCGGAGAUGACAACCCGCUUCAAGAAGAAUCGUAAGAAGCGCGGCCACGUGAGUGCCGGUCACGGUCGCAUCGGCAAGCACAGGAAGCACCCUGGUGGUCGUGGUAAUGCUGGUGGUAUGCACCACCAUAGAAUCCUCUUCGACAAGUAUCAUCCUGGUUACUUCGGGAAAGUGGGUAUGCGCUACUUCCAUAAGCUUCGCAACAAGUUCUACUGCCCCAUCGUCAACAUCGAUAAGCUCUGGUCAUUGGUUCCUAAUGAGGUGAAAGAGAAGGCCUCCAAGGACAAUGUUCCCUUGAUCGAUGUCACUCAGUAUGGGUACUUCAAAGUUUUGGGUAAAGGAGUUUUGCCGGAUAACCAGCCUGUCGUGGUGAAGGCCAAGCUCGUUUCCAAGAAUGCGGAGAAGAAGAUCAAGGAGGCCGGUGGGGCUGUGGUUCUUACUGCUUAGGUUUUGGAUACUUUUCUGUUUAUUAGAAUUUUGUCUCUCUGUUGGUAGUUCCUCUUGAAUUGAUUGAAAUUGAACCUUUUGCUCUAUUCGAACUCGGGCUAAGGUAAUGCUUUGGGUUUUUUUUUUUUUUACUUUUAUCCCAUGCAUGUCCAUUUCUCUGAGUUUCUUGCGGUUGAUCUCGACUUUAAUAUAUUAUUGUUGAUUCGCGAAA